UUACAUAACAAUGACUUACAUGGAAGAAAAUAUUCUGUAUGCAGUGUUGGACAUUUAGUCCCAUAACCUUCUUACAAUUACAAAAACUCUGUCCUUAAAUCACAAAUUUACUCAUCAAUUUACUCAUUGUUAUUUGCCUGUAUUACUUUUUGAAAGCAUGUCUUAAAUGUAAAUAUGUAAAAAAAUGAAACUAUUAAAAACUAUCACAUUAUUUAUACAGUUAAUAAAACUUUGUAAUCAAAAGAAAAUUACUGCAUUUGUGACAAGGAAUAUUUACGUCAUCAUAACACAUACAAUGGUGCAGCUGUAUACAUUAUACUACACCUGAAUUAUCUUGCAUCAUCCAGUACAGUCUCAUUUCUAAAUAGCAUAUUUACUAAUUUCAUUUGAAUUUAAUGUUACCUUCUUUUAUUUCUAAUAUGAUCCAUUAACCCUAUGACUGCUGGGUCCUACAAUGCCGCCAAGUGUUGGUUGAGGUCGAAUUCUCAUUUGUAGUCUGUCACACCCUAGCCACUCAACACCUGAAGAUCCCUUUCCUGCUGAAAAUUUUUUUUGGCCCCUUCAUGUUUCCACCCUUUAGGUUUUGGUGAUGCAUUCCUGAAGGUCACAGAACAUACCAGGCUCAUAAGUGAUGCAGUACCUCACUGCUCCUUCACAUCAAGGUAUUGGCAAGUGUCGUUCUGCAAUUCUUACUUCACUAAAGCGUCUUCAAGUAGAUUACUUGGAUUUAUAUCUCAUCCACUGGCCUGGAGCAUCAGGAAAGCAUCCUGAUGAUCCUCAGCAUAGAGUUCUUCGUAAAGAAAGCUGGCAGGAAAUGGAGUCUCUUUACAGAGAAGGUAAACUUAAAGCUAUUGGUGUGUCCAAUUAUUUGGUACCCCAUCUUGAUGAAAUGUUGAAGUACUGCACAGUUUUACCUUCUGUUUUGCAGGUUGAAUAUCAUCCACAUCUGGUGCAACAGCAAUUAUUGCAAUAUUGUACUGAUCAUCGUAUUCAUGUACAAGCUUACUCUUCUCUUGGAGCAGCAUCUGGGUGUGAAAAGUUGUUGUCUGAACCCAUUCUCCUAGAAAUUGCAAGAAAGUACUCUAAAACACCAGCUCAAGUGUUACUUCGAUGGGCAACACAGCAUGGACUGAGUGUUAUUCCAAAGACAACACAGCCAAAACGACUUGAAGAAAAUGCAGAUAUAUUUGAUUUUGACCUUCUAUAUGAAGAUAUGAAUAACUUAAAUAGUCUUGACAAACAAACUCAUUACUGUUGGGAUCCCAGUAGUAUUCUGUGAUUUAAGGAAAAGGAUUUAUUGUUUUGUCAUGCAUGUAGAAAAGCCAAAAUGAAUUAGUUUUGUAAUCCACAACAUAACUUACAAUUCAGGCUUAUUUUGUAAUUGCUCUUAAAAUACUAAUAUUAAAAGAAUAAAACUUUUUUUCAUAGUUUUAA